AUGCUGUUGUCUGUUGAUGAUCUAUAUUACCAGGACCAGUUUCUGCUGAGUCUGUACGUCAGCGUUUGUUUUGAGUCGGCGGGUCCCUGUGUGAUUGAUCGUUCUGCCAUACUGGAAAACUCCCUCCUGGACAGGCUUCCUUGUAACUGGGAAUCCACUCUUGAUCUCAAUGAUCCAGACUUUGACAUCACAGACUGGAGAACCAGCUACGGGUUUACAAACUAUGACUAUCCUCUCCCUCUGUAUGCCCAAUCACUGCUAAUGAAUCGGUUUGGAUUGUCUCGGUACAUGAAGUCGACCUCAUGCUCCAAGGAUUUGUCUCCAUAUGAUGCUGCGUACUACGGAUGGGUCAGAAACUGUUUGUCGCCGAUUCAGACUCCAUCACUAUUUGAUGAGACCGUAUGUGUGUUGGAUGUUGACUGUGACGGAAUCUCCUGUUGUGUGUACAUACCCGACCUGUCCAAGUCCUUCAAUUUCUUUGUCAAGAUUGACUCCUGUAACUACAAGUUCACCAUCGGCGUGGAAAACCUUUCCGACAAUAUCACCACAUUCAACUUUGACUUUGGUGAAGUAAAGCAGUUCUACUUUGGACGAGUUCUGCGUAUUGACUAUCUCCUUGACAACCUUGAGGGUGCCAAUGAUUACCUUCUCAGUCUCAACAUCAGUGUUUGUCUUGGAGCCAAUGCUACCUGUAGUUACCAGGAACAGAUCCUUGACAACACCAGGCUACCAAAAUCCACUUCUUGUGUCUAUAAUGAUGGGUUCGCAAUCACUGACUUUUCUUUGACCACCUAUCUCACGGACAAAGGAAUAGCUGCUGGAACGCCACUAGAGGACUAUGUUGUAGCCCAGCUAAUGAAGGACAUGAAAGCUUCCCCUUACUUGGACACUGAACAGUGUGACCCUGCCGGAGGUCAAUAUGCACUUAAAGAUUCCGAUGGAUGGGUUCGAGACUGUGGUUUGACCACAGCUGUAUCCACGCUGCCUUCACACAUGAGCUGCCGACUCAAAUCUGACUGUACCUCAUUCGAUUGUUGUAUGAACGUCAGCAGGAUUAGUCGCAACUUUGUUGCUUCUGUCGACAUCAGUUCCUGUGAAUCCAAACUCAGCAUCAACAUCGACCGUUACUACAAGAACAUUACACUCUUUGACUAUCCAUUUGGUGCAUGGGAUCACUUCUAUUUGAAAGGUUUUAUCAGAAUUGACUUUGUACUGUAUGACCUGGUACAGGACAGGAAGUAUCUUAUAGAUUUAAACAUCAGCGCCUGUCUGGAAACAUCCCAGCCCUGCGAGUUUGUCACCGAAAUAUUUAAGGACACUGCUCUCAUCAAGAAGCCCUGUCAGUGGUACACAGGCUUCAUGGAUCCUAAUUUCUCAUUGACCAACUGGGCCAAUGAUAAAGGCCAGAACCUGGCUAAUUCCCUUUCUGCAUUGUACGUCUCGUUACUAAAGGAAGAUCUUGGAAUUGCUGUUUACCUUCAGGAGAAUGUUUGUGACCGCAGCCUAGAGCCCUACUCACCACACAUAGAUGGCUGGAAGGAUGAAUGUGGUGUAGACUACAAGACACCUCUACCUGAUGACAACAUCCAUUGUUACUUGCCCUCCACCUGUGGAACUGUGGACUGCUGCACAGAGGUUACUCAACUGGACACCACAAUUCAAACAGUGGUCGAACUGGACCCAUGUAACUUCACUUUGACAGUUACUAUUGAGAAACUGACCUUCACCGUUGCCUUGUUCAACUACAACUGGGGAACAAAUCAGACCAUGGACUUGUAUGGUGUUUUCAGACUAGAUUUUAAUAUAGACAACCUGUAUGAGGAGAAAGCAUUCCUGAUCAACUUGAAUCUAAGUCUGUGUUAUGAGGCUGGACAAGUCUGUGAUGUUAUCAUCCCGAUCAUGGUCAACAAUCUGCUCAGGAAACAGACAUGUGAUUGGGGUACAGAGUACAGGAUUGAUGAUUUCUCAGUGUUUUCCUGGCUAUCUGAUAGAAGUGUCUCUGAUAAGACAGACCUAGAGGACAGCAUGGUAUGGCAGUUGAUGGAGGAGACAGGUCUAGCUGCCUACACCAGACAGACACAGUGUUCCCUUGACCCCACGGCCAAUUCUACAGGCUGGACAUCAGGUUGUGCCUGGGUUAGUGGCCUUCCGACCUUGACCCCGACCAAGAUUACCUGUAACCUACUGGAUACAUGUAUGGGUGCGGCUUGUUGUAUGGAAGUUGACUUCAUACACCGACGGUUCAGUACCUACAUCAACCUUGAUCCCUGUGAGUCCCGCCUCAGCAUCAGUAUAGAGAACAUCGUAUACAAUACUACGCUGUCCAGUGAAAUCCUUGGUUCACCACAGAAGUUCUGGAUGGAGGGGAUAAUCAGAAUUGACUUCGUCAUUGAGGAUCUCUAUGACAACGAGAGGAUGUACCUGAUGAACUUGAAUGUCAGCAACUGUUGGGAAUCAGCUUCCCCCCAGUGUUCAGACAUCCAUGUUGUGUUCAAUAACACGUUACUCCCCAAACCCAUCUGUCUGUGGAAUCAGGACUACUUCUCUCCAGGUUUCUCCCUCAAUGAUUGGCUGGCAGAAAACCAGUACACUAUGUCACGACCCCUGGUGCCACAUGUGGCAGCUCACCUACUGGACUAUCUGGGACAGUCCGGACACCUGCUGUUGCCCACAUGUGAUCGAUCAGACAGUAUCUACAAAUCAACAGAUGGGUCUGGCUGGUUUAAAUCUUGUACUAAGACUGUGGACCUACCAACCCUCUCAAACUCAACAUCGUGUCAUCUGAGCACCGACUGUACCAAACACGAAUGCUGCAUCUACAGCGAUCUAGUGGACAGGUCAUUCCACACGUUUAUAGACAUCGACCCCUGUAGAGAGGAGAUGACUAUUGGCAUAGACAACUUCCAACGAGUAGUGUCAUUGAUUGGCCGUGAUGGGGAUGUCAUUGAGCAUUUCUGGAUGGCUGGAGUUAUCCGACUUGACUAUCAAGUCUAUGAUUUCUACCAUGAACAAGACUUCCUUGUGUCGUUGAAUGUAAGCGUGUGUUUUGACGCUGGAAGUUGUGAUCUGGUGGUUGUUGUGUUAGACAACACCAGACUGCCCAAACCUCUGUGUACAUGGGAUAAGGACUACUACAUACAAGAUUUCAAAUUGUCAACAUGGAAACAGGAUCACAACAUCGGGGUGGGAGAUGACUUACCUCCCUGGGGUGUGUUGUUGCUGAUGGAGAAUUUACGCCUAGCCAGCUACCUAGAGGACCCGAUGUGUGCCCUAGGAACAGGGCUGUAUGACAAUUCUGACCCUGCUGUUGGCUGGAGCAAAGCCUGUCCUUUGGCCUUGGCAUUGCCUGACCUUGCUCAACCAUCGGCUAUCAACUGUCACCUUACGGAGUUAUGUACAGCUGUAGAAUGCUGUGUGACCUCUGACCUCGGGCGGAACUUCCAUGUCUACCUCCAGAUGGACGGGUGUCAAUCAUACCUUAACCUGGGUAUAGACAAAUUCUACACCAACUUGUCUCUCACGACCUUUACAGAAUGGAGACAAGAGCAGCAUUUCUAUCUCGGAGGAAUCGUACGACUAGUGUACACAAUUGACCAUUUUGACGAUGCCCGGGAGUAUCUGGUGUCGAUGAACGUGAGCAUCUGUAGUGAGAGUGACCAGGAAUGUGAAGAUAAUCACCUGGUUCUGUCUGACGUCCGCCUACCUAUACUUCCUUGUAGCUGGGACCAGUCCUUCAUAAAACCAGAUUUCUCACUGGUGACGUGGCUGGACGAUAACAUGCUGUCAACUCCUCUGGCUGGUCCGGAUUUGUCCAAGUUGUUCGUGGACCUUGGUCUGUCAUGGUACAAGAUGUCGAUGCCAUGUAUGCAGGCAACCCUUGGCAACAGUGUUCCAGAAUCAGAUGGCUGGGUUAGAGAUUGUACAACAUCUGUGAAUGUGUCUGAGGUAGCCACUUACAACACCAACUGUCUGCUGACUGAUAGUUGUAACUCCAUUCAGUGUUGUAUGACUGGAAAUGACCUUGACUACGCUUUCCAUGCUGGUGUUGAGAUCGACGGUUGUGAGAAUCAGCUGGUUAUAACCCUGGAGUCUUUAUCCAUACCUGUCCUACUGCCCAGCUACAGUUGGGGUGAGAAAAUGUAUUUCCAGCUACAGGGUGUUGUCGUAGUGAGAUUGGAGAUGUACAACCUGGUUACCGAGGGUAACUAUGAAGUCACCUUAGAUCUGAUGGUGUGUACUGAGAGUGCAGGACCAUGUGACCUUAUCGUUAAUGUUCUGAACCAAACAAAACUUCCGAUCAAGUCAUGUGACUUCACAACAGGAUUUGCUGCCAAAAAUCCAUUUUUCUCAUUGGCAUCCUGGCUCACCGAUAGAAACCUGGACCCUGCCCUGUCUCCACUGCCAGAACACGUCUCCUAUCAGCUGCUUGAGGAUCUCAAGGUCGCCCAUUUCAUGAAGGACACUCCAUGUAACCAGUCAGCUGAUGUGUUUACUGGGGCAACAAAUGGAUGGAGUGAUGACUGCCAUGCUCUGGCCACCUUACCGACACUGAUUGGCUCAGCUACAACUUGUUACCUUGGAGACUCCUGUUCCGAUGUCCAAUGUUGCAUGCUGGUUGAACGUAUUGAUACUAACAUUUUCGCCUCUCUUGCCAUGGAUCCUUGCAGAAAUUCAUUGAAAAUCAAACUGGAAACAAUAGAUGUUGACAUAGAUCUACAUACCUUUGAUUUUGGUCUGGACCAUACUUUGUCCCUUUAUGGACCGUUUCAACUUGUGUAUGAGGUGAUAGAUCGUCAGAUAGAAAGGCAAUACUCUUUCAAUAUGAGGAUUGAAGCAUGCUUCGAGGUGACAGGAUCAUGUGAGAAACAAAUCACGGUGUUCAACGACACGACCAUAGACAAGCCGACCUGUAACCAUACGGCAGGCUUCUACAACUCCUCAUUUUCCCUGUCAGCAUGGAUGGAUGAACGAGGACUUGAUGUGAAUGACACUUUUUCCUCGGCUCAGAGUGACGAAUUGAUACGUUACUUAAGAUUGGACGAUUACCUCUCCACAACUGAGCUCUGUAACUAUGACAACAUGAGGGAGGAAGUAGAAAUGUAUGGCUGGAUUAAUGAUUGCAAUAAUUUCACUGCAAACAAUAUGUCGUACUUGGCCAACAUCUCGGAGUCGGUGCCAGCUGUCUGUCAAGUUGUGGAUGCCUGUAAUGGCGUCGCCUGCUGCCUGUAUGCAGACAAACUGAAGCGAAGUCUACAGGCAGUCAUCACCCUGGAUACAUGUACCUUUACUCUGAAAGUCCAGCUGGAAAAUCUCAUUCAGGAAUUAGACUUGCUCAACUACCAAUGGGGAACACUUGCUGAGAUUCAGCUGCAUGGUGUCUUCAUAUUAAGCUACUCCGUGAUCAGUAUUCCAAGUCAGAAGAAGUUCUCUUUGGACGCUAACAUCAAGCUUUGUUACGAACAGUCUAGUUGUAAAUAUGACUUUGAAGUGCUCCACAAUACGUAUAUGGAAUACGAAGUCUGUGAUCCGACCAUUCCACUCCCCUUUCAAGGGAUGACCUUUGACUUCUGGAGAAGAGAUGAAUGUGCCGCAGUAUCAGGAUCUGGAAGUUGUUCAGGUAACCUGACAACAUAUGGCGCUGCUAACUGUAAGAUGGCCGACUCCUGUACUGGCGUAGACUGCUGUAUGAGUAUGAACUUCAUCCCGGGGGCACGGCGAAUCAGACUGACCUUCGAGGCCGACAAGUGUGCUGACACCCUCACCUACAGUCUGGAAAACAAAGCAUGGACAAAAACACUUAGCGCUAUCAAUGGCGUGAAACAGACAGAGACAAUCGGUGUAAAACCAUCCUUCACUUUGAACUACACGGUCACUGAGAUUGGGGCCAGUCAAUUCAAGAUCAGCCUCAGUUUGGAAGUGUGUGAAUUGUAUGGAGAAGUAUGUGAAGGUCAUGACAUCAUGACCAACACAUUCCUCACCUAUUCCACGUGUGGUUCUCCCAGUCGCCGUCGUCGCAGAAGAAGUGCCAUUCAAAAACGGGAUGCUCAGGAACUUGAUGUCUCGGACUUGAGCGGAGGUCUUAAGAUUCUGCGGGAUAGAGGAGCAUCAGAGGAUGAAUAUGAAGCUUUCAUAGAGCAAAAUCUUGCUUAUGUGGAAGCCCAGGCGCUGAAUAACCUUGUUGGAGCUGAAGUUGGUGAUGGUGACAAUAAGAUUGGUAUCAAAUCUGCUAUCAAAGCCCUGGGUACUGGUAACCCUCUCACCAUAGCAACUACAGGAAGAUUGGAGGGUGAAGUUACCAUACAAGGAGGAGAUGCUAUCACAGGAAUGCUGGGAAAAGUGAACGAUAUUGCUGGCCAUGCAGAACAAGCAUUUGUGGCAGGUCAGGGACUUUCACAGGAAGGUGUGCGGAUGCUUGGUCGUAAGCUUGCCUGUAUGACCAUCGGGGAUUUAGAAGCUAUGCUGGAUACCCAGAACGUGGACCCAUUUGAAGUUGCUCAGCUGAUGAAAGAUUUACAUGACUUGGGGAAGGCUCUGUAUUCCGACUUCAUCGAAAAGUUACUCACUGAUUCUGAUGGUAUAUUCAAAUCAUUUGACGUGACAUUAAAAGGAGAUUUCAGCUUUCCAAGACAAACUAUUGAACUAUUCCACUUUUCCAAGUUCUUCCUUGUGGGAGGACUGGUGCCGAUGACAUUUGGUUUUGGUGCUGGCGGUUACUACGGGAUGAAGUUUGAGGUUGGGGCCAAAGUGAUGGACAUGGCAGCUGUAUGUGGGGUGGAGCCGUAUGGAGGUCUGACCAUCUGGGGCGAGCUAGGUAUUGGGUUUGGCCUGUAUGGUAAGCUCCGUCUGAAUGGACAUCUCAUGGACUUGGGAUUCCCAACUACAGCAGAAAUUGGUUUCAAGAAAUUCCCGAUAGAUGUUAAAUUGAGUAUGUAUCUUCGGCUGACCCCGAUCACCCUAAACCUGUACGCAUUGGUGACACUGGAGAUAGAUCUUGCAUUCACUACAAUAACUAAGACACUGUAUAAGACAAAGCUGUUCACUUAUUCCACCCCGACAAUCCGCAAGAAACUUAUUGACAAUACCAAGGAAGACCCUGAUGAUUCUCCGCCACAGAUCAAGAGUUUUACUGACGAUGGCAGUGGGGCAAACCCAGACACCAGUUAUUGUUCAGUUCAUCAGUUGCCUGGUAGAGACUAUACACAACCAAUGGUGGAGAUCUCCCUCCAGGCUGCAGACGACAAGAGUGAAGUCACCAUGACACUGGAUGUGGGUACAGUAGCUGGAGCGAAAGAUGUGAUGGAAGGCAAGCUUCUCGGAGGACCCCUAGUACAGAUUGAUGAGCGAUUGUAUCCAUCUGGUCUGCCAUUAAAUUUCACUGUGACUGUCGCUAACGAUGCUGGUAGAGCCAUCAAAGCCGUGUGCUGGAUUCCAACAUAUGAUGUAAAUAUCCCAGGCGGACAGUUCCGGGCAGCAUUCUUAUCCAGUAGCAACCCUGAUGAGUUGAAAGCCUCUGUAGUGGUAUUUGAUGACUCUGUGAUUCAGUCAGCAGCAGUUUCCAUUGGAUACGGACGUGAGGUUUAUGGUGACCAAGUACUGAUGUGGGAGACUGUGAACCUAUACAAGAGAUUCCAUGAUGUAGAUAUAAGCAACGAUCCACUCAACAUCAAGGUGCGAGGUUUGUUCAAUAGUGGACUGUUUGGACGCCUGAUUGGUCCUGUGUUUAUGGAACUGUCACAGGUCAACACAGCUGGAGACUGCAUGCGACAGUGUGCCAACUUCCCAGACACAAAAUGUCUGAGUAUUAACUAUGACUUCGGCACGAGUGGCCACUGUGAACUGUUGGAGGCUAUAGAAGGCCACAACCACUUCAUAUCACAGUCUGGACUGUACCAAUACUACGAGAGACUAGGUAUCGGACUUGCUGUUGAGUUUUCCUACAGUGGCCUUUCCCUGAUUCACAACAUGACGGUGUUCUUCAACCUUCGCCUCGUCAAUGUGUUGGAGUACAUCAACAUAAUAUCAACUGAUGCUAUCAUAUCAGACUUUACGCCUCCAGAACCAGGCCUUAUCAUGAAUGCCAAGGAUGACCGGCUGGAGUAUACAACAUGUUCUCUCCAGAUACCAGAGGACCGACCUGAUUGGCAACCUCGCUGUGUCGGGAUGUCUGACAGAGUCAAAAACCAUAGGAUAAUCAUUGACGGUCCAGGCUCUACGACAAUUCUCAAUGGAAAUGAUCCUGGAGAUGAGACGCUGUAUACUCGAGCCAAUCGCUAUAUAUCUGCCAACUGGAAUGGUACCGAUGACAAGGAGUCUGGUAUCCUUGGUUACACAAUCACCGUUGGACGGCAGGUGUGUGCGGACGAGAUCCAUCCCCACCAUGACCCCCAUAAACACCUGUUUGAUGAAUCACAGUGGACCCACAGUGCCAUGAUACAUCCUAUUCCGGCACCUUACGAGCAAUUAGACGAUGGAAAAUAUUACAUAACCUUGCGUGUGCUGAACAAAGUUGAUUAUGGUGGACCAUUAGUUACCACUGUCUGCCAUACCACACCUUACACUGUGGACAACUCCCCUCCAAUUAUAAUAGAGGUCUACAACAUCACAUACAAUGAAGUCACCACACUGCUUACCACUAUGCUGAACGCCUCAGAUCCUCAGUCAGGACUGGAGUACAAUGACAUCUGUCUGGGUAGGACCACUCGGGACUGUUAUGUCUCAAAUAAUGUUUGGGAGCGUUACUCCUUCAACUCCUUCAUCCAGCAUUACUUCAGACUUCCUGAUGGCAUUCCAGUGUGGGUCAAGGUCAAGGCCAUCAAUUACGUGGACCUUAGAACAAUCAAAGUGGCGAACUCUCCAAUCAUCAUUGACACAUCAAACCCCUUCCCUGGAAUUGUGAAUGACGGCCCCAUAUAUGGGGUUGACCUUCAGUAUACCAAAGACAAUGACCAGCUGUGUGUGAACUGGCAGGGCUUCUACGACCCGGAGUCUGGUAUAGCCUACUACCAAGUGUCUAUGGGGUCUGUGGAUAGUAUCAAUGUUACCGACAUCGCCAAUCUCACCCAGUACACACGCCUCGACCACGAAGCAUGCGUCACCCUUGAACCAGAAAAUUACCUGCAACAUGACAAGGAGUACUUUGUGACUGUGUGGGCUUACAACGGGGGACACAAACAGCUGCCUGUGGCCAAGAUUUCAGAUGGAGUGGUAUGUGACCUGACAGCCCCUGUUCCUGGUCAGAUUGUCGACGGCAACAUGGCGAACUUUGAAGAUCAAGUAUACACAGCUGCCCAAGCCAAGGUCGAAGGUCAAUGGAGAGAUUUCUAUGACCUUGAGUCUUUUAUCAGGGAAUAUAAAAUACAAGUACAUCGAGCAGUGAACCUGAGCAUGGACUAUGAACUUCUGAGAGAUUGGACAACAUUUGAUAAUGAGACAUUCGGCGUGAAGUGGCUAAACUUUCACUUGAACCAUCGGGAUCGUGUUAAGCUUGUUUUGAACACAACAAACGGUGCCUUAAACACUAUCCAGAAUGAGACUGAUGGCUAUGUGGUUGACCUCACACCACCCAAACUGUUAUAUCUAGGGGACGGGGUCAACCCUGGAGAGGACACACAGUUUCAGGCUGAUGCAACCAGUUUAUCUGCCAACUUUAAGUUUGAGGAUGUGGAAUCGAAAAUCGACCACUACAAAUUCCAGAUCUACCAAAAGAAAGGAGGAUCUCGUACCCAGAUCUACCCAGUAGUACACGGAGAGUGGCUAGAACUGAGUGAUGAUCCAGAUCGAACCCUCUAUACCCAGGAUAUCUCUACACUGAGUGCUGGCAGUAGAUACAGCAUCCGUGUGGGGGCCAUCAACAACGCUGGAUUUGUGGCAGCUUUUGAAACAGACGGCAUUGUUAUUGACGUCUCCGCACCAUUGACAUUGUGGCUCAGAGUUGGAAUCCUCAACAACGACUUGGAGGAGAAGAUUGAAGGUUACGUGUGGCAGGCAGACAAGUCGGGCAUCAAGGCCAAGUGGUUUGCUACAGAUCCUCAGUCUGGCAUCAUUGGCUACAAGGUGGCUGUCGGCACCACACCAUAUGGUACAGACAAACUUGACUACAUGGAAGUCAGCGACAGUGAUAUAUAUAUUGGUAACCUUGACCUUGAACUGACCAACAUGACGACCAAGAGUCCUGUAUAUUACGUUUCUGUGAAAUCCAUCAAUGGUGCGGGAACUGAGAGUACGACCAUUGUAACAUCAACACCUGUCAUCGUAGUGGAGCAGGACACAGCAGGUUACGCCAUAGAUGGUGCUGAGGGUCUGGGGAGUGAUGACAUCAUGUCCAUGGAUAUUGACUACACAAUGGACUUCUCCGUAGUAACAACCCAAUUCGAGGGAUUCACCAGCGAUCUCCAUGGUGUCAUGUCCUUUGAGUGGGCUAUCGGCACCAGCCCUGGCGGAGAGGAGAUUCAGCCCUUCAUGUCUGCUGGGAUUGUCCAUGAGGAGGACGAGAGUGUUCGUGGAGGAGGCGUGGCCAGUAGUGGGUUCGCUCAGACCACUGCCCAGUUAACAGCCAACAAGACCUACUACACCACUAUUCGUGGACGAACCAAUGGAGGAAAUGUCCUGCAGACUUCGACUGAUGGUUUCACUGUUGAUCUUACUCCCCCCAGUAUAGUACUGGAAAGCUUGACCGACAUCUAUGCAGCUGAUUCAAAUAUAAAAGAGGGCGCCACCAUAUACCAGCGGUCAUCAGACUCCAUGACAGCAAGCUGGCAGUACAAUGACACAGAGAGUCCAGUGGUUGAUAGUUGGUACACCGUGGGCACCUAUCCAUUCGCAGAUGACAUCAAAGAAAUGCAGUAUGCUGAAAUCACUUCCCUUGGAUUGAGUUCCAUGCCUCUUGGGUCCAUUGUACCAGAUGUCACCGGUAAACCAAAUAUCCUAUCUGUAUGGGCAAGGAACAAAGCUGGGUUGAUUGAAGGUGUUGCGUCUGGCUCUGUUGUGUUUGACAGUUCUGCUCCGCAGUUGGGUGAAGUGACUUGUCCUGAUUAUGUACAGCAAAAUGCUCCUGUGCUGUGUACGUGGACAGGAUUUUUUGAUGAGGAGAGUGGCAUAGACAAGUAUCUCAUCACGAUGGGACAGAUAGAGGGCUCUGAUGACAUCUUCAACAAUGGUGAAGUUGACGGGACAGUCAGCACUUACUCCAUAACAGGUCUAGGCAGCAAGCUGAGGCAUGGCAACACCUACUUUGUUACGGUAACCGCCGUCAACAAGGUUGGACUGGAGAUCUACGCUUUCUCUAAUGAGAUAGGGAUAGACACAACCCCACCUGUACCUGGUCUGGUGGUGGACCUCCACACUGUUUACAGGGUAGACGCCAAUAGUGUUGAUAAUACAGUAGCUUACAACAGAAAGGUCUGCACCACCAAUGAAGACUGUUUGGCUCUGGAUGCUGUUUGCACGGAAUCUCUGACAACACUGGCCGUCACAUGGCAACCAUUUACUGACCCUGAAUCUAGAAUAGUGAGUCAUCAGAUUGCCGUGGGAACAAGCCCUGGUGGAGGUCAAGUGAAACCCUUCUUUGAGAUUCCAAAUGAUUCUAAAACCUGUAGUGUCGGUGGCCUUAACCUUCAGGGCCAGUCGCAGCUGUUUGUGUCCAUCAAAGUUACUAAUGGAGCAGGACUGACGACAGUAGCCACAUCAAAUGGCAUAUACAUGUCUUAUCUCAGCCAAGGGUUACCUCCCCUUGGUCCUGUAGCCAUCCUUGACACUGUGGAAAACUCUGUUGGAGACGUGAACUAUCAGACAGACUUGGGAACCAUCAGAGCGGAAUGGGACGUGAGUGGGGAUCCUUGCCCAAUACUUAACUAUCAUUGGCAGAUCGAGCGGAUAGAUGGGACAAUUAUCAUGCCUUACCUUGAUAUGCAAACUCAGACAGUUGGUGUAAAUGACGGACUACAUAUGCUGGACAGAGAGCUGUACUUCUCUAAACUACGUGUGACCAAUGCCCUUAACUACACCUAUGUUAUACGGUCGGAUGGCGUCACCAUCCAACAAGAUCCUCUUACUACCGGGUAAAGUGUUCGAUGGCCCCAUUACUGGAUU